AUGGAGCACAAGGUGCCGAAGAAGAAGUUGAAGAAGAAGAACGCCAAAUUGAGUAAUGCAAAGGAGCUCGCGCUCAAAUACCACGUCAGCAAGGACGACGUCGAAAAGAUCUACAAAAUCUUUGUCUCCAUGGACGAUGAUGGCUCGGGUACUAUCACAGCUGGCGAGGUCGCAGAAAUGUUAUGUGGAUUUGGCUGCGAUGUUUCUCCAAAGGUGGUACAAGCCGUGAUGCGAUCAUCCGAUAAGAGUGGUGAUGGUGAGAUCGACUUUGAGGAAUUCUUAACAGCUGUUACUUCCAAGAUCAAGCUGAACGACUGCAAAGCUGAUAUCCAUGCAAUGUUCGAAAAAUUCGACCGCGACAAAGAUGGGCUGCUGUCUGCCGAGGAGCUGGUGGUUGCGUGGAGCGAAACGCUAAAAACGAGGAUAACUAUAAAGGAAGCUGCAGCAUUAAUCCAACAGGAAACGCGCAUGAGAGAUCAGCCCGUCAUCAACAUCAAAAUUACACCAUAUACUGCGGCGAUGCUGAUGAGAACAAAAUGCGCCUUUCUACGACUGCGGGAUCGCAGAGGACGUAAACUCUGGACUAUAAGUGCUCACGCACCUACGGAAACCGCUGAGGACAACAGUAAGGACGCCUUCUAUGAACUCGAACAGCAAUCCGAUGUGCUAGGAAAAUGGUAUUAUCCAGCGGAGUGCACGUCGGACAACGGUGACUGUCUGGUCGACUUGUGCGAACAAACGAGCCUCAUCAUCGCUUCCAAGUUUAAAAGGAAUCUUCGACGCCAUCAGCUUACGUGGGAGGGGUCAACCCUUUUAACUCCUGAAGAGCAGCGCAAGCGGAAGAUGAAGUCUCUUAAGCUUCAGCUCGACUAUGUUCUGGCGUGGAACAUUCCACAGUCAGAUAUCCGAAAAUCUAGAGCUGUUGCAGGCAAGAAGUUUGCCUUUGCAUCUGCGGAAACAAAAUCCACGUACAAUUCUGUAUGUGUCGCGCGCAGCACUGGUGACUUCAACCAGGAAAAGCGUCCGAGAAGGAAGUUGCGUUGUCAACUGCAACAAGACCGCGAUAACGAGUGGGCGUCAACAGCGAUGGAGUUUGAAAAGGCGUGGGAGGACAAGAACCCGCGGAAAACCUAUGCUUUACUAAAACAGUGCAGCGGCAAAAUGAAAAGAUGUUCUCCUGUCCUCAACACUGCCAAUGGAGUAGCUGUCGGUGAAGCAACCCUUCCAAUUUGGAGGGAAUACUUCAAGAUCUUGCUGAACCGACAUGGGCCGUCAGCUCCUGAACUCGAGCACGUUCAUAGAUCGACAUAUGCGUUUAACGAGGAGCCACCGACCGAGUCGGAGGUUCUAGUCUGUAUUUAA